AUGCCUGUUGAUCGUCCGAAUAUGGACGACACUCAAAUUGACCAGCCAUCUCCACCCCCUUCGGUACCCGGUUCUGAAGUUUCCGAAGACGAAUCGCUCGCGGAUCCGCAGCUCGCGUCAACAGAGGGGAGGCAAUCGUGGGACAGGAGAGGUUUUCGGCCUCCAUUGCGAUGGAAGUCCCUGAGAGAAGCAGUCCUUCGGUCUGGUCGUAACUUCAUUAGUCGUUAUGAGAUCGAAUGGAUCCUAGAGAACGAGCAAGUGGACGUGGACGAAAAGGACGCGGAUGGCCGAACAUUACUUUCGCGGGCCAUUGAGAAUGACCAGUACUACGUCGUGGAAGUGUUGCUGAACAUGAAAGCCGACCCCAAUACUCGAGAGGAGCAAAACAGCACCCCAUUCUUUUGGGCUACUUCGCGAAGCCAAUAUCUCCGUUCCCUUUCCCUUUAUAAUGACAUGAUUAAAUUACUUUUGCAGAAAGGAGCAGAUCCGAAUUUAACAAACGACGAAGGGAACACCCCGCUGGCUUUGGCUGCUGCUGAAGGAAAUGAAGAAUUCGUGAAGCUGGUCGUCGAGUCUGGUCGUGUCAAAAUCAACACGCAGGGCGACGAGGAGAAAACUCCACUGAUGUGUGCAGCAACUGGAGGAUGGCCAGAUUGUAUGGGUUAUCUUUUACAACUCCCCACCGAUAUGGGUAGUUGUGCCUGGUGGGAACGGUACCUUCAGACCAGGUCACGGCGGAGACAGAAGGAGCCGAAAAAGAAGACGGGCCCAUCUAAUUUCUCGAAGUCUGACCCGGGGUAUUAUACUGGGCUGCGAAAUCUAAUAUUACAGGUGAAAAGCCUUUCCCUUUUGGACAAGGUGCUUCCGGAAGGGCGCACGUUUCUCUCGUGGGCUGUGGAAUUUGAAGAUGAAGAAAUUGUUAAACUACUGCUAGGUUUGAAAGCGAACCCCAACGUCCGUGAUGAAAUGGAACAUCAGAUGACCCCCUUGAUAAAGGCAUUGAAGCUUGGCAACAUGGACAUGGUGAAUCUGCUCAUGGAGAAAGACAAAUAUUCGAUGCAUAUUUUGGUGGACGAAGCUGAUGAUAUGGGUGAAGAGCAAGCCUUGGAGCUCGCACGCAAGCUUCUAGGACAAGGGUACGAUCUCAACAAGCGGAAUUGGAAAGGUCAGAAUCCCGUCCACAUCGCAUGUCAUAAAGGGAGAAAACGUUUCGUUGAGGAGUUUCUGCAUCCGGAUUAUGGAGAACAAAACGCCUUCGUUCAUGGGCAGGACAAUAGCGGGAAAACGAAUGUCGGACGAGGCCUAAGAUACUCCUAA